GAACUUGCGUCUGCGUCAUGGCUCAUGGCUGUGGCUGGUCAUGGCUUCUAUAGGCGUCCGUAGUUUCUGUAAUUGUUCUUGAUUGACAGAUUUACUUGGAUUUACUUCAAUAAUUGGCACUUAUAUUUUUGUGAAUCUAACAAUGAGUUCACGCGUACUUUAUAUUCGAAAUAUUUUUGUUGAGUAUUUAUCCGAUUAUCUCGUGAUAUUAAAAUAAUUAUGUCGAUGUGAUUCACAAUUGCUACUUUUGUUUAUGAUAUCCAAGAUAGUGUGUAUAUCGAAAUCACAGCAGAAUGAGUUCCAGCGUUACUGCGAGAGCGGAGGAAUAUUUUUACAAUAUAAAUCCUAUAGCUCGAAAAAUUGGCGAAGAUAUCACUGCAACAAAGGAGGCCUAUGAAGGAUUAUGGAAUACCUUGAGCACAGCAGAGCGCAAUCAAGCCAUCAAUGAGACUAUAAUUCAGCCCGAGGUAGCCCUGAAGUACACCUUGAAGAAGGUUGAGUUAACCAAGGAAUUACCAGAGUGGUAUCCAAAGCUGCGCAUACAAACUGGGAUGAAAUAUGUCAUAGAUGAAACUGGUUCAACCUUGCGAUGGCGGGACGAGCACUCCGCUCCAUUUUCGUUUAUGACUCAAUCACAGAUGAAUCUAAGUCUGAUAGAUUCCAGCGAAGAAAUGAAAUCCAGGUCGAUGAGGACACAUUUUGGAGAAUCGCCGCAUUUUUCUAGUCCCGCGAAGAUACAGAGAAACAAUUGCUCGCUGAGCGAUAGCUACAGCUCCACGGAUCAAGUCAGUUGUUAUCCGUCGGAUUGUUACACUAGCGAUCUAUUCGAGAACGAUCAGUGCAGCGACUUAUUGGCAAACGGAAUCGACAGCGAACACUCUGACAGUAUAUUUGCUAAAUUAAUCAACAAGACCUCUUUAUUAAAGUUACAAAGUAACGUCGAAGAUGACCUGGAGAGUUUGGUAAGAGAUUCCGAUACAGACAAAAGUCAGUCGAAUACCUUAGUAGUAACGUCGCGAACAAAAUCGAGCGACAUAAAUGAAUCGACCGCUCUGUUGGAGACACCCAGCUCCUACAGUAGCUUCCAGUCAUCCCAAUUAAAUCAAGAGGAGGAAGAAAGAAGCAUACCAAAGACUGGAUUUGAGUUUCUUGAUAAUUGGUAAACUCAUUCCGUUGUAGAAAUUUAAUAUUUUAAUAAUGCUCUUCUAUUAUAUAUAAACGGUAGGUGCUUUUCCGCUAUAUACACAAGCAAAACUAUGUGACAGUGUACAAUCCAGUGCUAUCCAACUAUGGCUAUCCAACUAUGAUACAAGUCAACACAAUCAUACACAGCUAAAAUGCAGUGUAGCUGUUUUCUGUCACUGGAUACUAAUAUUUUUACAUUUGCUAUUAUUGGAGUGGAUAUCGUUUUUCCUAGCGAGUAUUCUCUUAAAUAGUUUGAAUUUUACGCGAUUUUAGAAACGAUGUCAAAUGACCAAAAUGGCAAAAUUUACCCAUGGGAGAUUGAAUAGUUACGUCUAGCUUCGGUAGAAGCAGUGUUUUAACUAUAAAUUGACUGUAUCACACAAUGUAUGACUGUGUAUCAUUACUAGAAAUUAUUUGAUAUUUCUAUAAUAUUCAGAGAAUAUACCCUGUGCAUAUGGAUGCAAACAAUUUAAUUACUCGAUUGUUAUACCCAUACAACACCGAAUGUUACGGAAAAUUUUCAGAGAUUUCAACCUUUCUCCAAAUUUUUUUAUGUACAACACUUCUGAAAGUAUUCUGCAUUAUGUCAUAUAAAAUCAAUUUUGCAAGAAAUGUUUCUAAAAUUUCACAUGCACUAAAUUUUCAACUUUAAAUCAAAUUUAAAAAAAUUUUUAAGUUGUAUUUUUAUUAGUACUUUUGUCGAUCGAACAAACAAAAAUUUUCUAAAUCUAAUUGUGGUGUAUUGCUUUCAUCAUUUGAAUGAAUGAAAAUUUUCUAGUACGUUCGUGACAUGUGCUAAGUUUAGUAUAGUUUGAGUACAAGAAUGUUAUGCAAAGAAAAUAUUGUCAUAUAUAUUUUGCAUUUUUUUAUUAAAUAUUUCAAAGAAAAUAUCGUCAUAUGUAUUUUGCAUUUUUUUAUUAAAUAUUUCAGAAAUUAUUUACAUUUAUAUUAAUCAUGUUAAUAAUAAAUAAAAACGUUGAAUAAGAAUAUUAAUUGUAUUAUAUAUGUAAUUUGUAUUAUAAUUUAACAUUUAUAAUCCUUUAAAUAUAAUACAUUUAACUAUUAUUUUUGGAGUAAAUUUAAAGUGCUUCAGAAAUAACAUUUAAAUUUAUUAUAUUCAGAGGCAAUAUUUUAGAAAGAUUUUAGUUAUUUCAGUAACUUUAUGAUAUUUUGAAAAACUUUUAAAUAUUUUCAGAAUCUUUCAACAAUUUUUCUGCAAAAUUUUAAAUGUAAAAAUUGUGGACAUUUUACUAUCUUGAAAACAUUUCAGAAAUCUUACAGACGUAUUUCACAAUUUUUAUGAAAUAAUUUAUUUUUUUCAAUUGAAAUAUUUCUGAGACAUCUCUGAAAAUUUCGGUGCUGUAUGAGUAUGUUGUAUAAAAAUAUGCAUGCCUGUUUUAUGUAAAAGAGCGUAUUUAUGCAUGAAAAGAAACGGAAUAUUUUUUACGGUGUAGUCCUUAAGAUAAGAUUUUUUAUGCCUAUAUUUUAUAAUGCCUUUUCUUAUUUGUACUGAAUACCAUUUACAUGACAGAUAACUCAGAGAAUUAAAUAAUGAAGACUGAAGAAGAUUAAUUUCCAAAGAAUAGUUUUUAGAAGAUUUAAUUCUAGAUCUCGAUAGAUAUCUAUCGUUUCUCUACCAAAUAAUAUAGUCACUUUAGAUUUGUUACCUUUUUAUAGUAUUGUAUUUUAUAAUAUAAAAAAAAAUAUAUUACAUGCGUGCUUACGAACAGAUA